AUGGGAAAAAUUAUUGCACUGAAAUAUGGCAAGGAAAAACAGAUUCAGCCCAUCUUCCACAAAACCAUGAGUUUUGAAAAAUUGCCCCAAAGCCAAUAUUACUGGAAUCAGUGUAAAGGUGGAGCUGAAGUAACUGAUCUGAGAGACUGUACCGAUGUCGACCCUACAUGCGGUUCAAAAGUCUACAGAAUUACCCCGAUUCCUGGAGAAAGUUUUGACAUAUUCUGUUACAGGGACACCGAACAGAGACAUUGGAAUCUGAUACACAACCGGCAAAGUAGUGCUGUCGACUUCUUCAGAAAGUGGACCGAAUACAAAACCGGAUUCGGGGAUCUUACCGGAAAUUUUUGGCUAGGGAAUGAUAAGAUUUAUUCACUGGUCAAGUUAGCGCCGUACAGACUUCGGAUUGAGUUGGAAGCUUGGGAUGGCACUGUUGGCAUAGCCGAGUACUCCGACUUUCAGAUCGGUAGUGAGGCAGAUAAUUAUCAACUGUAUGUCACGGGUUUCUCCGGCAACAUAAGUGAUGCGAUGCAUAAGCAGAACGGCGAAAUGUUCACAACAAAGGACCGCGAUCAUGACCAACUUAGCAACAACUGUGCUAUUCGACGACAUGGUGCGUGGUGGUACACCAGCUGUUCGGCGGCGAAUCUUAACGGAAGAUACGAAAUCGAUACUGGUGACUCCAAUGAAGCUAUGGCUUGGAGGUUUUUCUUUGUAAAUAGACAACAUGUACCGAUGAAGAAAGCUCGUAUGAUGAUUCAGAGAAAAUGAAUACCGAUUAUUUCUUUGCUGUUUGAUACAGCUAAGAUUGUAAUCAAACACACACAUCAGCAGGGACAGUCUUUUAACUUUUAAUAUCGAUAACGUCUUGGAAGUGCUAGACAUGCCUUAUAUAUUGUAAUAUGACGUACGGUUGAUAUUACAGAAGCAUCUUGAAAUAUAUGUAGCUGGUGACUUCCACAAUGUAGUUAAAAAUGGUGUAGCCACUACAAGGUUAUCGCGUCAG